UCCACCCCCACCGACGACUACUUCUCCAUCCGGCCCAAGCUCUCGUACCUGGUAGAGUACGAAGCCGACGACGAUGACGAGGAAGACGAGCGUCGUGGAGGUGCGCCAUUCACGCCGUUUACGCCAUUCACGCCGUUGACGCCUGCAUUGGUGGACUCCAAGGAGCUGCUGCUGGCGCAGUACUUCAACGCUCCCAUCGCCCUCGACGUGCACAUGCCGUUGCUCAAGCGCGCCCCAAACACAGUGGCCUACAGCUUCCUCUUGGUGGACGACAACGCCAUCAACCUCCGCAUCUUGGAGCGGGUGCUCAACCGGAUGUAUCCCAACAGUCACAUCACCAAGAUCCAGGACCUGACCAAGGUGCAGCCCGUGAUUGCGCAUCAGGCGUUUGACAUGGUGUUUUUGGACAUCGAGAUGCCGUGCAUCACUGGCGUGGACUUGGCUCGCCACAUGCGCAGCCAGCGCAAGUACGACUCGUGGGGCAUUGUGGCGGUGACCACCCGCAACACUGCCAGCGACGUGGCCAUCUACAAGUCUGCAGGCAUCGACUUUACGUUUCCCAAGCCGUUGGCCACCACCCACGACCACAUGAUGGACACCAUCAACUACAUCUUGCGGGCCCGCAAGGCCCACUACUAGGCACGAAAAGACACCACCGAUACAGUCAGUCCACGCCUGAUGCCACUGAUGCAGUCAUACCACGCCUGAUGCACUCGGUGCCUACUGAUACCACCCAACAUCCUUACUACCGCCAGGCUAGUCCUGGCGCAGAAUGCAUAUGAUUUACGAGGUCUUCUAGACCACUCACGACUGUUCACUUCCUUAAUGUGUUAAUUUCCCCCUCUCCUUUAUAGACGGUACUAAUAGACGACUCCGGUUAUUAUGCGUAGAUACCCGGCCAGGCGGGCAGGUAAAUCUGGCCAAAUCUUGUCAUGCGCGAUGGUGUUCGAAUCGGGUUAUAUUCUGCACCGCACUGGAAGAGCCCCUCGUCAAUCUUCUACUUGGUUGAUUGCCCAGGGCCUGGUUCUCCCCACAGUUGGCCCCUUGGCUC